AUGUCCCUUUUCGCAGAUGAUUCGGAUGUUAGCCAAAGCGAGCAUGCGCGCAAUUCAGCAAGGCGUGGACUCAAGGAUGAUGCCCAUGAACACAGCAUUGUCACUGGGAAUGAACGGGACCAGACACGUGCAGAUGUUCUAACAACAAGAGGUCGCUUCGACAGUAUUCCACCCCAGGACGAGGUCGCCAAAAGAUCUUCAGGUCAAGGCAAGCUACUUUCAUCUUUUGAGCGCAUCGCCAAGUCCCCCUUCCUGAGGAAAGAAAAGGGGUGCUCUGGAAUGACUGGCGAUGCCAACUACGGCGAUUCAAAGUAUUCUGAUGAAUCCAAGGCGAAUACGGAAGAACUCACUAGUGCAACUCGUCAGAAUACUGACCAAAUUGACGCCAAUAGCAAGGCUAUGGCUUUAAAGCCCUUCUUCAGAGGUCAUCGGAGAAACCAAGCGGUUGCGUGCAUUAGCACAAACAGCCUUCGAUCCGAAACUCCCACAUCAAUCAAAAGUGCGAAUGCAACCAUCAUCUGCCCCGAGCCCAUUUCUCCAGCUCGCGAGCUCAGAGUCAGAAACAGCAUCCCACAGCUCAUGAAGGCGUUGCCUGCUAUCCCCAACGAGUCGCCCUACAUGUCACCACAUGCGUCUAUCAGGUCUACAGACGACCUGGGCUUCCCGGUUGAGUUCUCCCCUUUCAAGCUUGAAAUCCUCGCGACUCCUCGAUCAAGUCCUAGGAUUACUCUCAAGUCAACCGUCGAGGAUCAUGAGUCUUUCAAGGCGAGCAUCGAGAUCGAGACAGGUUCUUUGGACCGAUCUACAGAUCGGAAAUCAGUCUCGAGUGACAAAUCAGUCUCGAGCGAGUGGAUGUCGGGUGCGCAGCCGAACCGCGAGGACCGACCCAAAGUAUUCGACUAA